AUGAGUACUGCAAAAGAUAUAAAAUUACCAUUAGGUGAUGACAGAACAACAUAUGGUCAGCAAGGACAACGGAAUACAAUGCAAAGCAACGGUGGAAGUGGUACGAAUCAACAACAAGUGACAGUUGAAGCGAAUAACGCAGAUAAAGAUGAAGGUGAAGAUGAGGAACAAAAUGUCGAUGAUGAGCAAGAGGAAACCAAAAAUUUAAAGUCGUUACAUAAGGUAACUAUGCUAAUAUCAUUUCUUAUGGAUUAA